GUCAACACCGCUCCUAUUACUUCCGGGUGUCCCAAGAAAAAGAUGAGGGUCACUUGCUCUAAGUGUUUCUUCGAACAUAUCAAGGCCAGCUUUAGAAAGCCUGCCAAGCCGAAGUACAGCAUUGUAAGGCCAGCAAAUGUCAGUCCUCUGAGGAUUGUACCAAAUAUCAUCACAAAACCUCCAUAUGCAGAUUCAGGGGAAUUACCACGAAUCACAGAGCCAGAGAUAAAAACCCAGUCACAGAUCAAUGGUAUGUGGUCAGCUUGUAAACUGGCCAGGAAAGUACUCAACAGGGUUGGAAAGUCAAUUAAGGUUGGUAUUACGACGGACGAGAUAGACCGUAUUGUCCAUGAGCUGUGCCUAUUCCACAAGGCGUACCCAUCACCCCUUAAGUACAAGGGCUUCCCAAAAUCAGUUUGUACCUCCGUGAACAACGUUGCCUGUCACGGGAUACCGGACAACAGGCCUCUGCAGGAUGGAGACAUUGUUAAUGUCGAUAUCAGUGUCUUCUUCCGUGGGUUUCAUGGUGACACAUCUGAGACGUUUGCAGUAGGGACUAUUGAUGACGAUGCAAAGCGUCUACUGAAGGUUGGGAAAGAGUGUCUCCACAGAGGGAUCAGUGUUUGUAGACCCGGGGCACGCUUCUGUGACAUUGGCAUGGCCAUCAGUGAGCAUGCUGAUGCAAAUGGUUUCGCUGUGGUUCCAAACAUUAUUGGCCAUGGCAUUGGUACAUACUUCCACGGACCACCAGAUAUCUACCACGUUGAAUACGUCACGGAAGAAACAGAAAAAGAAAUGCAACCAGGGAUGACAUUCACAAUAGAGCCGAUCAUCAGUGAGGGUUCAGACGAGGUGCAGAAGCUGGAGGACAAUUGGACGAUUGUGUCUGUGGACGACAGUCGCUCCUGCCAGUACGAGCACACUAUCCUUAUAACACAGACUGGCUCAGCUAUACUUACAAAAUACUUUGAUGACUACGAAGAGAUCUGAUAAACAUGACUUAUAUCAUUAUACCACAAGAUAGAUACAUGUAUAUAUUUUUUCACAUAUAGGCAUAAAAGUAUUGCACCUACUCAGGGCUACUGACAUGAAACUUUAUAGAAAUGUGCACCCAUUUCACUUCAUGACUGUUACAAGAUUUUUAUGACCUUUAGAAAAAAAAAAUAUCUCAUUUUUUUUGUUUCAUGUAGCACCGAAAUUAUUGCACCUACACUCGCGAAACUUUAUAGGAAUGUUGAUCAGCAUAGGAAAUUUUGCACUUUCAUUUUUUGUAUCUUUUACUUUGUCUUACAAGAGUUAUAGCCCUGUAGUUGGUAAAAAAAGUCCUUUGAUCUGCAGUGAGCAAAAAAUGACCAGAGGCAGCAUAUAAACAGUUGUGGUGCCUUUUUUGCUGCUUUUUUGACAGCAUUAGUUAUUUUCAACAUUCAUAUCCAACUACGUACAUGUAUGUGUAAAGUGCUUGAAGAAGAUUGUUGUGAUUAUUCUUGCAAAAAUUGAUAUAUCCGUCAAUAUGAGAUCAUUUAUUUGUAAUAUUGCACAACAGAUUAAUGGACACAUUUUUAAUUGGUGCUGGCUAAGUGUUUUUUUUCUAUUGUUUGAAUGUUUGCUAUUCAAAUAACAUAAUAUGAAUACCGAUAAAAAAUAUUCACAUGUUGUUGUACAAUAUGUAAAUAGUUGUUUUUGUUUUUUGGUAUUCAUCAGUUGAACAGUACAUAUAGUUAAUUGUGCUAGUUUAUAAUUAAAUUUAUACUAACAUUUGAUUUCUGAAAAUAAUUAUGCUUACUUAAUAACAUUAAUGAAAAUGUUUCAGUGUCUGGUUCAAUUCCAAGCCAGCUGUUCAGCUGUUAUGACAUGACAGUGGUUACAUUGAUAAUCAUGUGUGCGCAGAUUUUAUAUUUUAUAUUUGUUCAUGUUUGGGUAAAUAUUCAUUAUUUUUGCAAAACAAUAAAAUGUUUGAAGACAAAAAA